GGAAUUGGAACACAGGCUGAUCUAUUCUUUGUUGGCUCUGGUACGAAUCAGAGACAAUUACCACGGCAGGCGUCCCCACGCCACGGCUGAGUACGGAGAAAGAAUCCCUCUAGACUUCUCUGCAACCUGCGCGAGGCCGAAAGAGCAGCAACGGUGCGGAGGCAGGGAAGCAAAGCAAUCCCCCACCUAUAUACGCGCCCCGCCCAGUAGGAGAGUAGGAGCUGCAAGGAGUCCGGUCUCCGAAAACCGACAAGACGAUAGCAAAUCGAAGGAGGACACGGCUGCUGGUGGCCGCAUUCGGUCGGGGGAGGAGCACGAGGAGCCAUGGCCUGCCUGCACGACCACAGCUGCGAGGAUCACAACUGCGCCGCCGACUGGUCGCUCUACAACCACAUCGACGUCCCCAAGGUGGUGGCUCUCAACGAAUCGGUGCCCGGGAGCGUCAAGUCCGUCUUCAAGCCCUGGGAGCAGCGCCUUGACACCUCGGGGGGUUUUCUGGAGAGUAAUGAGGGUGACCCUGAGCUACUUAUUUUCAUCCCGUUCACAUCAGAUGUUAAGAUCAAGAGCAUUUCUGUUGUUGGUGGUGCUGAUGGAACAAGCCCGUCAAGAAUGAGAGCGUUUAUCAAUAGAGAAGGUAUUGACUUUUCUGAUGCUCAAAACAUGCAGCCAGUGCAGGAAUGGGAAUUAGCAGAGAACCUGCAAGGAGCUCUUGAGUACCAAACAAGAUAUUCAAGGUUCCAAGGUGUGGCUAACCUAACUCUGCAUUUCUCUGACAACUUUGGUGGUGAUACAACUAAAAUUUAUUACAUUGGACUACGUGGUGAAGCCACUCAGAACAAAAGGGAUGUAGUUGCAACAAUUGUAUAUGAAGUCAUGCCCAAUCCUUCUGAUCACAAAACAAAAUCUGAGACUGGAGGAGGUUUCUCGCAUGUGGAGUAGACAUCAUACAAGUUGGGUAUGGAUCCACAGCAGAGCUAGAGAAGCGGAAGCUGGGUACUGCGUUGCCUGAAAGCAAAUUUGAACCUCGCUUCGUCGAUCAAUAAGAUAAAUAGAUAAUUCCCAGCUGCUAGACUUUUAGCUUGACUUUUGAGCACAUAACUCUGUACCCGUGGACGCUGUGACUGGUUUGCUAAUGCUCUAUCAUCAGAGUUGGUCUCUUGUGUUA